CGUCGCCCGCACGCGCCACUCUUUUUGACAGCAAUGUGGGCGGAGCCUUGCUUCCCUUUCAGCGAAUUGAAUUUUUCCGACCUGCUCCAAUGACAGCUCCCAGCGCUUUGACUCCGCCCACCGCGAGGCUGCGUGUGGUUGAGCGGCGAGCCAGGCAGUGUAGGCUUUCUCCUGCGGUGUGUGUGUGUGUGUGUGUGUGUGUGUGUGUAGAGAAAGGGGACAGGACAACACAGACAGGCGGUAUACACACACUCUCUCUCUCUCUCUCCCUCCCUCCCUCCCUCUCUCUCUCCCUCUCACACACACACACACACACACACACACACACACGCGCGUGCGCGCGCGCACACACACACACACACAGGCGCUCGCGCCGUCCCCUACAUGCAGCCUGACGCAUAAACGCUCCUCCGCCGGUACCUUCCUUCCUGAUCACUACAAUGGACCUAUUCGAGCUGGACUUCUUCAGGGAGUGGGAGCUGGAGCAGCAAUGCCAUUAUGAGCAGGACCGUUCAGCACUGAAGAAGAAGGAAUGGGAGCGUCGCACCCAGGAAGUGCAGCAGGAUGAAGAUUUGUUCUCCACCAGCUUCAAUCUGUUUGGUGAGCCAUACAAGACAAACAAAGGUGAUGCCCUGGCCAACCGAGUCCAGAACACGUUGGGUAACUAUGAUGAAAUGAAAGAACUCUUGACCAGCCAUUCCAACCAAAGCCACUUGGUGGGCAUCCCUAAGAACUCAGUUCCCCAGACCCCAGUGGAGAAAACUGACCAGCCAAGCUUCUUCACCGAAGCUCAGCGUGGCAGAGCCGCCUCAUCCCAGCCAGCAAACCACACCACCUCCAUGCCUCCUCCACCUACCACCAAUAUAGCAGGUCCCAGCAUCCUUCAUGGGCACCAGAGCACCAAAAAGUCCCGUUCCUCCGACUGGUCCAGAGGAGCGCACAGUUCGGGCAGCAGCCAGGUGGCUCAGGCUGCAAGCCGAGGAAAGCAAAGCUCUAGCGGGCAAGAACAGGAACAGGGUGACUCCAGCCCUGGGACCUCGUCAACCUCCACACACCCCAGCAGGAGGCAUGGGCAGCCAGCUAAGGUGCCAAAUGUUGCCAACUCACCCUGUGAGCAGGACUCAGGGUCACCUGUGGCCUCUACUUCUCUGGUACCAGGUGGUCUGUCUACACCAACAUUCCCCCAGGGCCUCCACUGCAAGCCUAGCAGCGGAGGACAGCAGAAACCCACAGCCUACGUUCGGCCCAUGGACGGCCAGGACCAGGCACCCAAUGACUCUCCUGAACUCAAGCCCACUCUAGAAAUCACGGAUGGAUACGGUGGAACGCCAUUUACAAGCCUGAUGGAUGGCAAAGGCAACGCAGUAGGGAGCAAGGGCAAACUUCCCAAGCUGACUCUCCCUCAAUCAGGGGAGGUCAGUCUGCCCAAUGACUCCAGCUGUGUGGAGGAGAUUUUGCGGGAAAUGACCCAUUCCUGGCCUCCUCCCCUCACUGCCAUACACACACCGGGCAAAGCAGAACAGACCAAGUUUCCCAUUCCCAACAAGGACCCCCAACACGUAACACCAGCAUACAAUGGACAAAAGCGCUGCAGCGUUCCCAGUAACAAGCCCUCAACCAAGCCUGUGCCACAGAAGUCAAUGCUGGAAGAUGACCUGAAGAUCAGCAGUGAUGAAGAAGAUAGUGAACAGACUGCAGAGAAACCCAAAACCAGGAGCACACCUCCAAACCUUCCAGGGCCCACACCACGGAGCAGUGAUCCAGGUGGCCACUCCAGUGGGGCUUCUGGGAGUUCCAGCGAAUCAGAAAGCAGCUCUGAGUCUGACUCUGACAGUGAGAGCAGUUCCAGUGACAGCGAAUGCAACCGAGCAUCCCGUGCCACUACACCAGAGCCUGAACCAGCAUCAACAAACAAGUGGCAGUUGGAUAAAUGGUUAAACAAAGUCAACCCUCACAAUAAACCCCUUGCCAACACACAGUCAGAAAGUCAUGGACUUGGAAUCUCUCAGCCGGAGGACGUCCAAGCUUCAGAGAGCCAAAGCAGUAGCAAGAGCAAGCCUAGUGCAGCUCUGGCACAAACGGACCCCAAAGACAGAGUUUUGCUCAGUCCCAUCCGAGAAAAGGCCAAGCCUAAAACAGGCCAGAAAGGUUCUGAUGGUAAAGGUACCAGAGUGAAGGCCCCAGCUGAUCUGCCUCCUUCCAGGAGAAGCACAGGCAAGAAACAGCCAAAGAAAAUUGAACAGUCCUCCAGCAGCGAGGAGCACAACUGGCCCAGACCUGUCAACUCCAGCACCACACCAAAGGAGAAAGAACCACCACCUUUAGAACCACCCAAACCUAGAGGAAAGGCUUCAGGGGGCAAGACUGCCCCCAGAAAGGAACCCCGAUCAACUACCAUAACCACACCUGCUCCCUCCAACACUAUCAGCACAGUUCCAGACAAGAAGAAGCACAGAGGGCCUAGUAAGAUCAUCCCCAAGUCCAAGGAGUUUAUCGAAACUGAGUCGUCCUCAUCAGAGUGCCACUCGGAUCCUGAGGAACUUUCAAAAGUGCAUCUUCCCUGCCCUGGCCCGAGCAGCUUGAACUUUAAAUCUAAGGACUGUAACAGCAAUAUCCUGAGUGUCAGCAGUCUUGCCAGCACCAGCAGUACCUCUAUACCAGAUCCAGCUGCCACUGACCUGCUGGAGGAGCCCCUGUUCUCCCCCAUCUCUAUAGUACAGAAUGAGCUUCUGUCACCACUGCGAGACUUUGAGGACAUUAAGUCACUGUGGGUUAAGAUUGAGCUCAGCCUCCUGUCGCGGAUUCCUGGUCAGGAUCCACCUGAGCCGCUCUCCGCCAAGGCUGAGUGUCGAGAGACCAGCUUCAAGCACAGGAGACAGCAGUCACCUGCUUCCAUUCCAUCAGAGAAACCUACCAGCAAGUCAAAGAGAAAACACAAGUCAGAACAUUGUGAGGUGUUGAGUGGGACCAAGAAGUUAAAACUGGAGAAAGAUGCCCUGCUCCUCCCUCCCUGUAUCUCCCCCAUCCACAACCACAAAGUCUCCAAUACAAAAGACUCUUCAAAGAAACAGCCGAGAAAACUCCUUCCACCUUUGCUCUCCCCGCUGUCAGACGAACCCACGGGUCGCCAACGAAGAAGCAGCGAAAGCAGUUCUCUGAGUCUCGAAGGAAGCACAGCCGUUCCCACGACCUUACCCCCUACACACUCCCUUCUGCCUUCUUCCUCUUCGUCAUCCUCGUCGUUGUCAUCUCACAAGCACCGCAAAGGAGAGAGCAAAUCUCACUCCAAGAUCAGCAGCCAGGAGGAAGACAGCCAUGCAAAGUCCUCCGGGGGUUUCCAUGCCAACGGUCAAUCCGAACCGAACUUGUGGCCGAAUCCUUCGGUUCUGUCUGUGGAGAAUAUGGAGAACAGGAGACCUAAACUCACGUUCAACAACACUGUUCACAAUGCGGACUACUACAUGCAGGAAGCCAAGAAACUAAAGCACAAAGCUGAUGCGCUGAUGGAGAAGUUUGGCAAAGCUGUCAAUUACGCAGACGGUGCGCUCUCCUUCAUCGAGUGCGGCAAUGCCAUGGAACGAGACCCGUUAGAGGCCAAGUCGCCGUACACCAUGUACUCAGAAACCGUGGAGCUCAUUAGGUAUGCCAUGAGAUUAAAGAACUUCACCAGUCACUCAGCUACGCUGGCGGAGAAGAAAUUAGCGGUGCUGUGCAAUCGGUGUUUAUCCCUGCUGUAUUUACGGAUGUUCAAGCUGAAAAAGGAUCACGCGAUGAAGUAUUCACGCUCUUUAAUGGAGUACUUCAAGAAUUCAUCAAAAAGUUCUCAAGCACCUUCACCGUGGGGCUCCAAUGGAAAGACUACAGGAACACCGUCACCCAUGUCUCUGAGUUCGUCCCCGAUCGGCUCAGUAAACAGCAACACCGGAGCCAUUGUUUCCUCCUCGUCGUCCUCUUCCUCGUCCUCGGGCAGCGUCGCCAUCCCUCAGCGCAUCCACCACAUGGCCGCCAGCCACGUCAACAUCACCAACAACAUCCUGCGCAGCUACGAGCACUGGGACACGGCCGACAAGCUGGCCCACGAGAGCCAAGAGUUCUUUCAGGAGUUGGACUCAGUGAUGGAGCCACUGACGCAGCACAGCAGCAUGACUGACCUGGUGCGCUACAUACGCCAAGGACUGCACUGGCUCCGCAUCGAGGCCCAUUUGUUAUAGUGCUGGAGCUUUUCACUGUGCUCUCUUACUCUCUCUCUCUCACUCUCUCUCUCUCUCUCUCUCUCUCUCACUUUCCUGCUCUCAUUCUCUCUCUCUUACUCCUGCCGUUCCUUCCAUCACUUCCUCCUUCCACCAGCACUGCCGUCUCAGAGAUGCUCCUACGCAAACAGAGCUGAGGAACGAGUGGAACUCAAGGUGCUGUAUGAUUUUCUGGAGAUCUUGAGCACAUGGUGAAAGAACUGCAGCAACUGUCAUUGUGUUCAGAAAAAGAAAACGCAAUACGCUUUUUUGCGUAUAGCAGCAGGUAUAGAGGACACAGGAGGUCUCACCCGGGCAGAUCAUUGAGACAGGACAGUAUCUUUUUAAAUCUGCUCUCUCGUUUUGUACAGUGUACAUUAUUUCCUAUAAAGUGAAAGAAAGGGCCAAACAGGGGCCCGGUGUGCAAUCCUUCUCUAUGUCAGUAUUGUUUCUUUGUAUUACAUGUCGACGGCUUUAUAAAAUGAUUGUGAAGGCCUGGGGGUCAAAGGAGUAUAAGAGAAAAAAAGAGGAGUCAAAAGAUCAAUCAUUUACUGUAGAGUAAAACUCCACCCUGAAUGACUCAAAUAUUAGAAUUAACAAAUGUUCCUUAGUGAUCCUUAAUGAUGUCAUACUGGUUUUGCAUUUUAUUUUUUUUCAAAUUAAAUGCUUUUCCUACAUUACCCAAAAUGCCCCACAGUAACAAUUCAUCUCUAUUUACAGAGUGUAAUACGGCAGUGCUUUAGUCCUGGUGUCUGUCCAGUUCUGUCAACUCCUAAUCUGUACGCUCUGCUCUAACUGAUCACGAUCCAGUGAUUCAUACAAUAUGCCCAACUCCGUCAUCGACAUAUCGUAGAAUUCGCCUCGGCUUUUUUCAACUCAGUGGAUUUUAGAAAAAAAAUUAUGAUUGAGAAAAGAAGCUCUUGCUUUUUUUGGGUUUUGACGAUUGUUGAAUUGUUUUUUUCCCCCUAUAAUUAAACGCUACUGUACGCGAUCUUAGCGUCCUCGCCAAAUCACCCGACAGACUGCUACUAGAAUCUCUAACCAAUCAGAAACAUUUCUAAUUGUGCUUCAGGGUGGAUUUUUACUUUAAAUUCCCCUUUUUAAAUUUCUACAGUGCCAUAAUAACUCACGUGCAACGCUCACACUGGCUUUAUUACAAAUCUGUUUAUCCUGAGGGCAACAAACGUCUAAAAAUCGUCCGAGGGUGUUUAACGGACGUGCAGUCGACUUCUCCAGCAAACAAACAUACACACACACACACACACACACACACACACAGGACAUCAGCGUCUCCUUGACUCAGCGGCUCUUUUAUCUUUCUGAUCUGUACCAUACUGACUGUGUUCUAUAUGCCGACUCUUUUACUCUUCGAUGUUUGCAUGUUCACAGAGGGUGUUAUUAGAUAGCUCUAAGAGAGUCCAAACAUCAUUAACAAUUCUUACGAAUUCUGUACUGUAUUUUUUUGUUGUUUUGUUUUGUUUCAUUUUGUUUCGUUUCAUUUUUUUGUUGCAUCGUGUCGAUUUUCCUGGGCAGGCAGCUUUACUUGUUUGUUUGUUUGUUUGUUUGUUUUUACAAUCUACAAUCAGUUUAGUGCCUACUGUAGUCUAAGCAGUUCUUUCUUCCCUCCCUAUAAAAAGCACUAAUUUGGGCCGUACUAGUAGCUAACUCGUAGCUUAGCUAGUUUUUUUUUUCUGUUUGUAAUUUUAUUUAUUUGAUUUCCUAGCAGUGGACUCUUUAUCGCCGGUAUUUUACUGUUUAUUAUCAGUAGUACGCUGUUGACAUGCUGUCGGGGAGUGAGACGUUUCUCCAUGCGCUUCUGUCCCGAAUUUAUCCGCAUAAGUGUGAAUGAAAGGAGUGCGUCAACGCAUGAUCGGGGUCAGGUUCUCAGUGCCAGCAUCAUCCAUUAAGCGUAGAGCUUUCACUGAGAGUCUUGACGAGUGUGUGUGUGUGUGUGUGUGUGUGUGUGUGUGUAUGUGUGUGUGUGUGUGUGUGUGUGUGAGAGAGAGAGAGAGAGAGAGAGAGAGAGAGAGAGAGAGAGAGAGAGAGAGAGUUGUGAAUGUGAGUGGGCGUGAAAAGUGAUUUUCACCACGAAUAUACAAAAGUGCCUGCGUAUGCAAUGAGAAUUUAUUAGAGUCUAUAUUUAAGAACGAGAAUGAAUUGAAAAAAUCUUUCCAUACCAUAUUGGUAUAUUCAACUCUUUUUUCUUUUCUUUUUUUUUUCUUUUUCAUACAACCACAGUUAUUUAUUGGUGUGCGUUAUACUAGUGAUGGUGAUACUUUUUUUUUUUUUGCUUUAUAAAAUGUAAUGACAUUUUUUAAACCUAUCCAAUUUGCAUUGAUGCUCUGAUGACGCUAGAAAAUUUCUCCCGCUUCGUUACCGCUUGAUUUUCCUUCACAGUUCUGUGAUGCAAAAAAUUUCCAUCAGAACAAAAAAACUGAGCUUUUAAAACAAAAACAGAUUCAAAGCUACCGUAGCAGCGCUGCUUAAAGUCUCGGUCUCCUUAAGUUUUUUCCUCCAACCCGCCUCUGCUGAGCGUUCACAGGAAAAUGACGAGUGUUAAAUCAACAGCCGGAGUGUGUAUGUGAGAUCAGUGUAAAUAUUCAGCGUAUUUUAAGAGCAGAGGAGUUUGUUUAUCCGUCGUGAUUUUACUGUUUGUGUAAAUCACAGCAAUCCGCCAAUCCUCGCAAAGUGCAAUAUGAACACAACCGUCUUAAUCAUCUCAAAAAUAGUUACCUGUAAGCACUAGUUUUAUAACGAGAGCAAUACAAAUCACUGACUCACUUCCUUCCUGCUCUUGAUAAGCUGUUUCAAAUUUACAAUUAUUUACAAUUUGCAAUUAAUUCUUUUUUAAUGAACACAUUAUACAGUACUUUUAUCUACUUAUAGUUAUGUUGAAUUUUUUUAAACUACUUGUUGACACAAUGCUCCUAUUUCUCCUCACCAGCCUCUUUUACUUUUUUUUUUCUGAAGGUAAAUCACUCUUUAAAAAAAAAUUAAAAUUAAAGAAAAAAAAAAUAAAUCACUAGAAAGAAAAUUUUUGUCCUUUUUUUCCCUCUUACGCCAAAAGUUUUUUCCCCCUCUUUCUCCACAGCAUUUAUCCAGGCGUUUUUUCGUGUGUGUGUGUGGUUUUUUUUUGGAGCUAAAUAAUUUUUAUAUAUAGUUUUUUUUAUAUAUAUUUUAUAGAUUAAAAUCUCUGGGGGUUUUUUUGUUUCUCUGGAGGUUAAUAAGCCUUAAAUAUGUAUAUUGACAUGUAACGAGAGACAGAAUGUUCUCUCUGGGUGGGAAGGGAAGUAAAUCACUGUGACUCAUCUCUGAGCUUGUUUAUGAGGAAGAGGGCAGAGUGCACUAUUGUCUGAGUUUGUUAGUUUUUACUUCACCUAUGAGUAAGAUGAGCUGGCUGGUGGGUGAGAACUGUCAUGUCCCAAAUUGGGAAAAAAUAAAUAAAAUAAAUUAAAAAAUGUAAAAUUUAUUUUAAAUUUUAAAUUUAAAAGUGGGAUGCACGAUGUUUGAAAGCCAAUGUUGACAUUUGAAAUCACCUAAACAAACACACCCCC